AUGAACGCUCUUGAUAUGUCCAACCGGCGUUACGCAUGUUCCCAAUGCAAUAGGACCUAUAGUCGGAAGUUUGAUAUGCAGAGGCAUGAACAAAAAGCUCACCCUGAUACAGAAGAUGAAGGCAAAAUUGAAUCUUCCGACGCUGAAGAAGGUACAAGUGAGGAUGAUUACUCCGAACCACCCUCUCAAACGGAGGGAGUUGAAGAAUCUAGUGAUUCAGAAAACGAUGGAGAGGAUGAAUCGUCAAUGUCAGAGACAGAUAACAUGGAUGAAAUUGAAGACAACCUUGCUUACCAAGUAUGGUUGGAGCAGGCCAUGACAGCCACCAAGGACCUGAGAGACGAAAAAUAUCAGAAAUAUAUUUCAGAGGGAAUGGAAGAAGAAGACGCUAAAGAAAAAGCGCACGUGAAAUUACUGUGGGCCGUCAAACGCAUCUUUUCCGAUCUUUACUCCAAGUUCUUGCAGCAAAACAUUAGCCUAGGAGAAGCUGACGUCAAUCACGAGAUCGUUUCUGAUCUCAAGGAAAGACUAGAAAAUGGCAUGGAAUUCCAGAAAGCCGUACAAAGAGUCUUAGCCAGGCAUGGUCCACAAUUUGAUGGUUUAUUCCAGUUCCAAGAUGGAGGUGACGAUGACGACGAUGAUGAAGAAACAGAGAGUGAGGAUGGAGUCUACAACUAA